CAUUACGCAGCUGGCUGGCGGCGGUCGGGCCGGUCAGGGCUGGGCCCUACGCACUUUGCGUAGCGAGGGGGAUUACUUAAGGCCUGGUGCUUGGCCUAGAGCAAGCCUUGCCUGUCCCCCUUUUUGGGGGCGGGAGGGGGGGCGAGAGGCGAGGCUGAAAAAGAAGAGAAGGGUAAUUGGGGUUGUUAAGGGCAUUAUAAUUUCUUUAAAAAGAGAAAAGGGGAGGCCAUGGCUGUCCCAGCCAAGAAGAGGAAGAUGAACUUUUCAGAGCGGGAGGUGGAGAUCAUCGUGGAAGAACUAGAGCUGAAGAAGCACCUGCUGGUGAACCACUUCAAUGCUGGGGUCCCUCUGGCUGCCAAGAGUGCAGCCUGGCAUGGCAUCCUGAGAAGAGUCAACGCUGUGGCCACCUGCCGUAGAGAGCUGCCCGAAGUCAAGAAGAAGUGGUCUGACCUCAAGACCGAGGUCCGUCGCAAGGUUGCCCAAGUCCGAGCUGCUGUCGAAGGUGGCGAGGCCCCAGGGCCCAAGGAAGAGGAUGGAGCUGGUGGACCUGGGACAGGCGGUGGCAGUGGCACAGCCAUAGCUCCUGUACUGCUGACCCCUAUGCAACAGCGCAUCUGUAACUUGCUGGGUGAGGCCACCAUCAUCAGCCUGCCCAGUACCACUGAGAUCCAUCCCGUGGCCCUCGGACCCACAGCCACGGCAGCUGCAGCCACGGUCACCCUGACACAGAUCCCCACCGAGACCACCUAUCACACACUGGAGGAGGGCGUGGUGGAGUACUGCACAGCUGAGGCUCCUCAGGAGGAGACCCUGCCAACCGAGGCGCCUGUGGAGAUGCUGGCCCAGCACGCAGACACAUCCGUCAAACCGCAGGCACUAAAGAGCCGCAUUGCCCUCAAUUCAGCCAAGCUGAUCCAGGAGCAGCGGGUCACCAACCUCCACAUAAAGGAAAUCGCCCAGCACCUGGAGCAGCAGAAUGACCUGCUACAGAUGAUCCGGCGUUCCCAGGAGGUGCAGGCCUGUGCCCAGGAGCGGCAGGCCCAGGCCAUGGAGGGCACCCAGGCAGCCCUGAGUGUCCUCAUCCAGGUCCUCCGGCCCAUGAUUAAAGAUUUCCGACGCUACCUGCAGAGUAACACACCCACCCCGGCCCCAGCCCCUGACCCUGGACAGAUGGCCCAGAAUGGGCAGCCGGACAGCAUCAUCCAGUGAGGGCAGGGGUCAAACCAGUGCUCUGCUGUGAUUGAGGGAAACGUCUGUGGAAUUGUAAGUGGUUUCUGUGAGUGGCUUUAAGUGGGCCAUGUGGAUAGCUCCCUCUUGGACAGAUAUUUGGGGCUUAUUAGUCUGAGAGUAAUGAAGGAGACUGACUGGGCAAAGGAAAUGGCUGGGCUCCUGGGACCCAGUCUCUUUAGUUCAGCCUCCGGAACUGCCUUGUUGAAAUCUGGAAGAUUUAGCUGGGAGUGUGUAUCUGGUGAUGGGACAAAUGUUGUCGCGAUCUAAGGCUUGAGACAUCCCCCUGACUCAGUCUAGGACAACUUUAAAGACAGACUGGCUCUCACUGGAUCUUCCAUGGGCUGCCCCACCUCAGGUGUGCCACCUUUUUUAGUGCCAUCCUGCCAGUGGUGCUGCCCAGAAAUGCAAUAACACCCACGUAAGAAUGUCUCCCGGCGCCGCUGGGCAAGCCUAGCCCUUUCAUCCUCUCACUGUGCCUCCGUUCUCAGGGGACUCUCCUUACUGCUGUGUGCCACACCCAUCCAGGCACAGCCCAGCUCUUGGAAAUGCCCUGAGAUGCAUGCAGCCAGCUUGGCUCAGGAAUGCUGUGUGGUGGGAAUGGGUUGGCCAUCUCUAGUCUUCCAUGACACCCCUGGGCGGCUGUCCGUAGUUUGCCCCACCCCCACCCCCACCCCGACUGUGACACGGGCUUCAGGUGCUGUCAGGGUUGGGAGGCAAACCCUGUGGGGAGUCCUGUUUCCUGCUGCAGUGCACUUGAGGUGACCCUCUAAUUUUUAUUCUGUUUUCUAGCCAGUCAUAUUUAUUCUAUAGCUGAACCCUUUCUGGGAGGGCUGCAGGCUCUGUGGCCACCCUUCUCUCCUCUCUGCUGGACCACACACCUGAAGUACAGGGCACACUAGAGCCCUGCUCAGCGUCCCACCUAGACCCCCCCUCCCGUGCUCCUUUCUCAGGGCCUGGUGUGCUGCAGAAGCCCCACCCCCACCCCCCCACCGGCUAAGUGAAUCCAAAGCAAGGACUGUCCUCGAGUGUAAGAGGUGGGAGGGGUGAAGCAAGUGUGCCCUUUUCAUUCUGUGCUCCUCCAAUAGGGCACAGCCUCCGAAGGCUGAAGGACGCGUCUGCCUUCCUACCUUCUCUGAGGCACUUACAAAAACCUCGGCCAGACGGGGUUUGUCUGUACCAUUUCAGACGUGCCGUUGAGUGCCGAGCCCUCAGUCUCCUCACAUCACCAUCGCGUUUGCCAUUUUGCACCAUAACUGGGCCUCUCGUGAGCAGUGGCUACAGCAAAGUUCCAGAUCUUAACCAAGCUGCCCUUCCAGGCAUGCACACACAGAGAUGCUUAGCGCCACUCUGUGGUCCAAGAGGCCCCCUGGAGACAGGAGGUGGCUACCCGCUGUCCCGUUCUCCAAGGAGGCAUGUAGUGCCAGCUACAGAGAGGGGAGUGAGGUGGGGCCCCUUCCCCAAGUGGAGCCUCUCGGCUCCAGCAGGGUUGCUGUGGGAGCUUCCAAAAGAUGUGUGACCCAGUUUGGUUCUACUCUGGGGUUGGAAAUCUGAGCCAAUGUUGUAUCUGUUCCAUUUGUGUAUAAAAAGGAAGCCUAGGUUACUGAAGCUAACUUGUUCUUUCCGGGUCACAACUUUAAAUUAAAGAAAUAUCACUUUUUUAUACACA